AAUGAAAACGUCUUAAAUAAGUUGCAAAUGUAUAACCAAAUUUCGUGGUUGUAAAUGAGUUGAUUUAUUGUCACGCUUUUGAGACAUAUUUGCAAUUCUAUUGCGAAGUCGCAACGUAGUAGCAAUAAGGCAACUAAAGGGCAACCACGUUUGUUGUUGGAAAACCGGAGUUACAGAUUAGUUGGAAAGAUAUUUAAAUGUUGUAGUUGCAAAAUUGUUGCAUUUUUAUUGUGAUGAAUUGUAAAAAAGUUGGUGUACACAUGUUUUUUUGCACGGCGUUGGGAAGUAGGUACAACUAACUUUAGCAACUAUUUUUUUAGUAGUUGCAAAAUAGUUUCAAGUAUUUCUCUAUUUAAAUCAAUCGUCCAUUCUCUUCUCAUUUGUCCGAACAAUUAUUAAAAAAACGUUUUCAUACACCAAAAAAAAAUAUCGUGAAAAGAAAAAACGUUUUAUACAAAAGAUGGGAGAAAACUAUAAUUACUGGAAAUCUCGUGAGUGGAUGUACAAAAGGAUCGACGAAAGGACGAAUAAUAUCUCAUCCGAGUUUUCAGCCGGGGUGGAAGAGUUCAUGAAUUUUGCAAAUAGCCAGCCAUUAGCACAAAGCAGUGGCGGUAAGUUUUACUGCCCUUGUAGUGUAUGUAAAAAUGAUAAAUUUCUUACGGGGCGUAAAAUUUGGAAUCAUCUAUAUACUAGAGGGUUUAUGCCAGAAUAUUAUGUUUGGUAUAUGCAUGGGGAACAAUUGAAUAUUGACUUAGGAACAAGUCAUGUCAAUUCAAAUCAUCCUAGUGGCAGUCAAACCGAAGUUAGGAAUAUAGAUGAUAGAUAUGUCGACAUGGUGAAUGAUGCAUUUCGUGGAACAUCUGUUUAUGAUAACUAUCAUCAAAAUGAAAGUUAUCAAAAUAUGGAAGAGCCUAAUUACGAGUCAAGAAAAUUUUACGAUAUGUUAGAAGCUGCAAAACAACCAUUGUAUGAUGGUUGUCACGAAGGUCACACUCAAUUAUCUUUAGCUGCUCGAUUCAUGAAUAUCAAGGCGGAUAAUAAUUUGGGUGAAAAGUGCAUGGACUCGUGGGCAGAACUUUUUACGGAAUAUCUAUCGGCGGACAAUCAAGCAACUGGUUCAUAUUACGAGACAGAGAAGUUGAUGAGAAAUUUAGGGCUCCCAUUUUAUACAAUUGAUGUGUGUAUUAACAAUUGUAUGAUCUUCUGGAAAGAAGAUGAAAAAUGGGAUAACUGUCAAUUUUGUGAUGCACCACGAUAUAAGCCUAGCGAAGGACGAACCAAAAUACCAUUCAGCCGUAUGUGGUAUUUACCUGUUGCUGAUAGACUAAAGAGAAUGUAUCAAAGCGAGAAGACUGCGGCUGCAAUGAGAUGGCAUGCUGAGCACGAAGCAGAGGAGGGAGAGAUGUGUCAUCCAUCUGAUGGAGCGGAGUGGAAAAAAUUUCAACAACUACAUCGUCAUUUUGCUGAUGAACCCCACAAUGUUUACUUGGGUUUAUGUACAGAUGGAUUUAAUCCAUUUGGAAUGUCCCGUAAUCAUUCAUUAUGGCCUGUAAUCCUGACGCCAUAUAACUUACCUCCUGGUAUAUAUGUGUAUGAAUGAAGAGUACUUGUUUCUUACAAUUUUGAAUUCUGGUCCAAAUCAUCCUCGCUCUAGUCUUGAUGUUUUCCUUCGACCUCUUAUUGAUGAGUUGAAAGAGUUAUGGAAUAAUGGAGUCGAGGCAUUUGAUGCAUCAUUAAAUCAAAAUUUUAAUUUAAAGGCAGUGCUUAUGUGGACGAUUAGCGAUUUUCCAGCAUAUGGAAUGUUGUCUGGAUGGACGACACAUGGUAGAUUAUCGUGUCCAAUUUGCAUGGAUGAUACAAAAGCCUUUCAGUUGACAAAUGGAAAGAAGACAUGUUGGUUUGAUUGUCACCGAAGGUAUCUUCCUCAUGGUCAUCCGUUACGGAAGAACAAAACAAACUUUCUGAAGAGAAAGGAUGCUUUGAAUGAUUAUCCACCAAGAACUUUGACGGGUAAACAAGUUUUAAAAGAGCAGAUAAGACAGGUCAAUCCACCCAAAACAUCUGAAUGUGGUGGAAACGGUCAUGAUGUAAAGAAGAAAGGAUAUGGGAAUUGGCAUAAUUGGCACAAAGAAAGCAUCUUUUGGGAGCUACCGUAUUGGACAGACCUUAAUCUCCGGCAUAAUCUUGAUGUGAUGCACAUUGAAAAGAAUUUUUUUGAUAACAUCAUCAAUACUGUUAUGAACGUUAAGGAGAAGUCAAAAGAUACUGUUAAGGCACGAUUGGAUAUAGCAAUAUUUUGCAAUCGGAAAGAUUUGCAUGUUGAUGAUUAUGGUAGAGCUCCAUUUCCUAUCUUCAGAUUGACACCACAGGCAAAAGAACGCUUAUUGGAAUGUGUUAAACAUGAGGUUAAAUUUCCAGAUGGCUAUGCUUCAGACUUAGCCAGUUGUGUCGACAUAGAUGGAGGAAAAUUUUCUGGUAUGAAGAGUCAUGAUUGCCAUGUUUUUAUGGAAAGGCUACUUCCUUUUAUCUUUGCAGAACUCUUACCGCGAAACGUACAUCUUGCACUUUCAGGGGUUGGAGUUUUCUUUCGCGACUUAUGUUCCAGGUCAUUGAAACAAUUCACUGUUCGAUCUUUGAAGGAAAAUAUAGUCAUAAUAUUAUGUAAUUUGGAGAAGAUCUUCCCACCUGUUUUCUUUGACGUCAUGGAACACUUAGCUGUACAUCUCCCGUAUGAAGCUGAACUAGGCGGUCCUGUGCAAUAUAGGUGGAUGUAUCCAUUUGAAAGGUUUUUCAAGAAAUUAAAAAGCAAAGCUAAAAACAGAAGAUAUCCUGCAUGAUCGAUUAUUCAGUCAUAUAUUAAUGAUGAGAUAUCUUAUUUUUCGGAGCACUACUUUGCCGCACAUAUUCAUACCAAAUUAAGGUCCACAAGAUUCGAUGAAGGCGAAGCUCAUGUUUAUCAUGUCCAAGGAAUACCAGAUAUAUUUACUCAUGUAGGUCGUCCAAGUGGGAAAA